CGGGAGACUGCGUGUCCGCGCGCUCUCCCUGCGCUCUAAAUACGGGCGAACGCAUCGUUUCUUUCGGAUCUCUAACGCUUUACUCUGCGGAUCCCAGGGGCUGAGGGGAGGUGUUACUGAGCGCGCUGCGAUCAUCAUCUGCCCGGCUGCUGCUGGUGUUCUCCUCAUGCACACGCACUCGGUCGUGCGUGCGCUUUAAAGUCCUUCUUUGUCGUUGUCAUGAUUCCACAGGAGCGCUACCGUGUGACUGAGUGCGCGAUGAUGGGACGCUUGGUGUGAGCGGACUUGUGCUGCGGCUUCAGCGCGACAGUCAGUGAAAGCGGGAAUCUGCUCUGCUGGGGCUCCACAGAAACCAACGGUAAGGUGACCGUCAGUCCUCUGAGGAAAAAGUGACUGUUCAACUGGGCGUCUCUCACAACUCGGCUCAGUUCGGCUCGGCUUGGUCCAGCUCAGCUCGCCACGCCCUGAAAUGGGGGCAACCAAAAGCAAGCCAAAGGAUUUGGGCCAGAGGCCUCGAAGCCUGGACGGCACCAUCGGUCCUUUCGCCGGAUUCAAUCCAUCCCAGGCAUCCAGCAGAGCCCCUGCAUCAGGGGACGGCGGAUGGGUCGAGCAGCCCCCCACCAAGAAGCCGGAGAUGUUCAUUUUCGGGGGAGUGGAUCCCAACGAGAGCCUGAAUCCCCCACAGCAAAGUUCGCAGCUGGCAGGAGGGGUCACCACCUUUGUGGCGCUGUACGACUACGAAUCGCGCACCGCCUCGGACCUCACCUUCAAGAAAGGCGAGAGGCUGCAGAUACUCAACAACACGGAGGGGGACUGGUGGCUGGCCCGUUCACUCGCUACAGGACAAAGCGGAUACAUUCCCAGCAACUACGUCGCCCCCACGGACUCCAUCAGGGCGGAGGAGUGGUUUUUCGGGAAUCUCACCCGCCGCGACUCAGAGAGGCUGCUCCUGGGCUCCGAGGGCAGAGGAGGGACUUUCCUCGUGAGGGAAAGCGAAACCACCAAGGGUGCGUACUGCCUGUCUGUUCUGGAUGUUAGCGACAUAAAGGGCUUCAACGUCAAACACUACAAGAUCCGCAAGCUGGACAGUGGAGGAUUCUACAUCACGUCCCGGGCGCAGUUCAGCACCCUGCAGCAGCUGGUCAACCACUACCGCAAGCUUGCAGACGGCCUGUGCCAAUGCCUGACAGACGUGUGCCCCGUUAUGAAGCCCCAGACGCAAGGCCUGUCCAGAGACGCCUGGGAAAUCCCUCGCAGCUCCUUGCGGCUUGACGUGAAGCUGGGUCAGGGUUGCUUCGGAGAGGUCUGGAUGGGAACCUGGAACGGUACGACGCGGGUGGCCAUCAAAACCCUGAAGCCGGGCACCAUGUCUCCAGAGGCCUUCCUGCAGGAGGCGCAGAUCAUGAAGAAGCUUCGGCACGAGAAGCUGGUGCAGUUGUACGCUGUGGUGUCCGAGGAGCCCAUCUACAUCGUCACCGAGUACAUGCCCAAAGGUAGUCUGUUGGAUUACCUUAAAGGUGAUGCAGGCAGGAUGCUGCGACUGCCACAGUUGGUGGAUAUGGCCUCGCAGAUUGCAGCAGGAAUGGCCUACGUAGAGAGGAUGAACUACGUGCACAGGGACCUUCGGGCGGCCAACAUUCUCGUGGGGGACAAGAUGGUGUGCAAAGUGGCCGACUUCGGUCUGGCCCGUCUCAUUGAGGACAAUGAGUACACGGCAAGGCAAGGAGCAAAGUUUCCCAUCAAGUGGACAGCCCCGGAGGCGGCGCUCUACGGUCGCUUCACCAUCAAGUCUGAUGUGUGGUCCUUCGGAAUCCUGCUCACAGAGCUGGCCACCAAGGGCAGGGUGCCAUACCCAGGAAUGGUGAACAGGGAAGUGCUGGAGCAGGUAGAGCGUGGCUACCGCAUGCCCUGUCCAACCGAAUGCCCCGAGUCCCUGCACGACCUGAUGCUCACCUGCUGGCGACGGGAACCAGAGGAGCGGCCUACAUUUGAGUACCUGCAGGGCUUUCUGGAGGACUACUUCACCUCCACGGAACCCCAGUACCAGCCGGGGGAGAAUCUUUAGGGCUUCUGGAAGCUUCCGGGUGGAGAAUCUCACUUGUGUGGAUGGAGAAUUUUGCUUGGCAACGCCCAAUCUCACAUACCCUCCC